GUCAUUGAGAAGCAUGGCCGCUUCCACUGGAGCCACCGAUAUCUCCGUCUCCGAGCCUCCGGCCGGAUCUGCGGCGGCUGCCAGCAUGGACGGCCCCGCCAUUCAGUACAGCAUGGUCCUGGAGCAUCUUAUAGGGGACAAGAGGCCCGUGAAGGAGCUGAGCCCCGGCGUCAUGGGAGGACUGCCGGUGCCUUUUAAAAGCGAUGAGCAGAAGAUGAUAGAGAGGAGCAUGGAGAGCUGCGCCUUCAAGUCGCUCCUGGCUUGUGUGGGAGGUUUUGUCCUGGGAGGAGCUUUCGGUGUUUUCACUGCUGGCAUUGAUACCAAUGUUGGCUUCGAUCCCAAGGACCCUCUGAGAACCCCAACAGCACGAGAAGUCCUCAAAGACAUGGGCCAGAGGGGGAUGUCUUAUGCCAAGAACUUUGCAAUCGUGGGCGCCAUGUUCUCUUGUACAGAGUGCGUCAUCGAAUCACACAGAGGCAAAUCUGACUGGAAGAACGCCGUGUACAGCGGUUGUGUAACUGGAGGAGUCAUUGGGUUUCGUGCGGGUCUUAAAGCUGGAGUCCUGGGAUGUGGAGGCUUUGCUGCAUUCUCUGCUGCUAUUGAGUAUUACUUGCGCUGAAUCACUCAGCAGUGGCUUGAAGGACAGUAAUCUAAUCGAUGCACAUGUGGACUCCAGAUGAGACGAAGUUGACCCCACAGUCGACCGAAGACUUGUGGGAAUUUUCCUGUAUUUCCAUAUUUUUUUUUUUACACGUGGACUCAAAGCGGAGCAAGUCAACCUCGCGUGGAAAAUCCCCACAUACCGAGCUCAGCAGGUUUCCUUCCGCAUUCAAGGUGUAAAGAUGAGAAGAGAAAGAAAAAAUCACAUUACCCCUGAGUCAUGACCACCUCAGACAAACAUGGUUCAGCUUGUGGAAGGCUUGUAUGUCACUCGUAUGUCGCUUGUAUGUAUUAAAAAUGUUUUUUUUGUUAA